UCCUCGUCAUUCCUGAAAGCUGAAACACACUCGGUUGCGGCGGGCAGAUGAGAGGGAAUCACCCCGUCACCCCGCAUCCACACCUCCAUCCUCCUCUUCAUCUUCACCCCAUCAUCUUCAUCCUCAGGCGGACUUCAUCCCGUGGGCAGGACUUACUUUUUGAGGAAUUAUAUAUGGGAAAAAGACUGUGGAAAACUAAACGACACUCAAUCGGUGCCUUUGGAGAACUUCGCUAAACUCACUUUUCGAGGAUAUUAACGCAUUUUAUCCAUCUCUUCCACACAAAUAUCCCGCAAAUAUCACAUUUGGAGGCGUGUCAUGGUAUUUCUGUUGGUUUUGGUGUGAAUUCUCUUUUAGGACGAGCUAAAAUCGUUAGCCUGCUAGCCGAACGUCUUUAUUAGCUGGAUCAUUAGCACCAGUUAUUUUAACCAGUUAAAGUUAAACAAACUGAGGGUAUUUCAACGUUGAAAUACUUGGCAUGGUUUGGCACUCGUGUGUGUUAUUAUAAAUACACAGUUUUUGUAUUUAUACUUGAGAAAAACACUCCAGAGGCAUUGUGUCGAGAGAAUGUUGUUAGCGCGUUAGCUCGAGUAGCUAGAUAAAAGCACUUACAUAUCUGUAAAUUAAAAUUUGUGAAACGCAAGAUAUUCAUUUCAAUAUCACCCAAAAGUGCGUGAACUUCUUAGUACAAAUGACUUAGUUUGCCAUUUUUGCAUUUUAUUUUCUGGUGUGUUGGGGUACAUUAAAAGAUGUAACGUUAGUGAGAAGUUUUAUUUGUGUAUGAAAUUACAUGUAGUUACUUUACUGCAGUUUUGAGACUGCAUUUUACUGUGAUGAUGGGUGGGUUAUGUUUAUAGCCCUCUACAGACCCCUUCAAAGAGUAUUCACAUCUAUUCUUUAAGAAUAUCACACUACAUUUUUGGACUGACACUAGUUUUGAACCAUGUCUGGGGAAGUGCGUUUGAAAAAGCUGGAAAAACUGAUCCUGGAUGGUCCUGUUCAGUCUACUGGACAGUGUUUUAGUGUGGAAAGUCUUCUGGAUGUUCUCAUCUGCAUUUAUGAUGAGUGCACCAACUCCCCACUCAGACGAGAGAAAAAUGUUGCUGAGUUUUUGGAAUGGGCCAAACCGUUCACCUCUAAAGUGAAACAGAUGCGAUUGCACAAGGAGGAUUUCGAGAUACUGAAAGUCAUUGGUCGAGGAGCUUUCGGCGAGGUAGCAGUUGUAAAGGUGAAAAGUUCAGACAAGGUGUUUGCCAUGAAGAUCCUCAACAAGUGGGAGAUGCUGAAACGAGCAGAGACAGCAUGUUUUCGGGAGGAACGGGACGUGCUGGUGAACGGGGACAGUCAGUGGAUCACCACACUACACUACGCUUUUCAGGAUGACAACUUUCUGUACCUGGUGAUGGAUUACUAUGUGGGCGGUGACCUCUUGACUCUUCUCAGCAAGUUUGAGGAUCGUUUACCAGAGGACAUGGCCCGAUUCUACCUGGCGGAGAUGGUUCUGGCCAUCGAUUCUGUGCAUCAGCUCCAUUAUGUCCACAGAGACAUUAAGCCAGAUAACAUCCUCAUAGAUGUGAACGGACACGUUCGACUCGCAGAUUUCGGCUCCUGUCUGAAACUCACAGAGGAUGGAACGGUGCAGUCGUCUGUUGCUGUGGGCACUCCAGACUACAUCUCUCCUGAGAUCCUGCAGGCCAUGGAGGAUGGGAAAGGGAAAUAUGGCCCUGAAUGUGACUGGUGGUCACUGGGUGUUUGCAUGUACGAAAUGCUGUAUGGGGAAACUCCUUUCUAUGCAGAGUCCCUGGUGGAAACCUAUGGCAAGAUUAUGAACCACAAGGAACGGUUCCAGUUUCCUGCUCAAAUGACUGACGUGUCUGAAAAUGCCAAAGAUCUGAUCCGCAGACUCAUCUGCUGCAGAGAGCACAGGCUGGGGCAGAACGGCAUCGAGGACUUCAAACAACACCCCUUCUUCUCUGGCAUUGACUGGCAGAACAUCCGCAACUGUGACGCCCCCUACAUCCCUGAAGUCAGCAGCCCGUCUGACACAUCAAACUUUGACGUGGAUGACGACUGCCUCAAGAAUACGGAGACGAUGCCACCUCCUUCCCACACCGCUUUCUCAGGACACCAUCUCCCAUUUGUCGGAUUCACCUACACCAGCAACUGUACGCUGUCUGAUCGAGGUUGCCUGCGUGAGUCUGCGGCUCCAGCACAGAUGGAUGUUUGUGUUCAGCGCGGCCUGGAGGACAGUCUGGCUACUGAGGCGUACGAGAGGAGGAUACGCCGUCUGGAGCAGGAGAAACUGGAGCUCAGUCGCAAACUACAAGAGUCCACAAAAGCGGUACAGGCUCUGCAGUAUUCCAGCUCAGACGGGCCUGUUUCCUCAAGCAGAGAGUUUGAGAUCCGUGGACUGAAGGAGGAGAUAGAAAUGCUAAGAAAACAGAUUGCAGAUACAGGACAGGUGGAGCAGCAGCUGGAACAAGCCAGUUCUGCACGCAGGGAUAUGGAGGACUCCUCCAAACAGAUGCGGUCUCUGGAGAAACAGCUCAAGAGCAUGAAGCAGGAGAGAGAUGACCUGCAGAAGCGUCUGCAGGAGUCCUCAGAGAAGCAGAAAGCUCAAGGGAAGGAGCUGAAGGAGGCUGACAGUCAGAGGAAAAUGGCCAUGCAGGAGGUGAGCGAGAAAGUGGCGGAGCUGAGGUCAUUGAAACAGCGUCUGACCCGACAGAUGCUGGACAAAGAGGAGGAGCUGGAUUCACUCAAUCAGAAGGUGGAGGCGCUUCGGCUGGAUGUGCGCAAAGCUGAGAGAGCCAAGAAAGAGAUGGAGGUCCAGGCUGAAGAGAUGUCUGCUGAGGCUCAGAAAGAGAAGAAGUUGAGGGAGCGCAGCGAGCAGUUUAGCAGACAGCUGGAAGAGGAGCUGGACGGCGUCAAGCAGAAGCAGGUGGGCCGCUCUCCAAGCGUUGGGUCGUCUGAGCAGCACCAAGAGCUCAGUAAACUACGAGCAGACCUGGAAAAGAAGACGGUGCACUACGAAGAAGAGCUUUCCCGCAGAGAACAGCAACAUGCGAAUGAACUGAAGAGCCUGAAGAAGGAGCUGAGAGAGUCUGAGGGACAGCAGCUCAGCUUGAAGAAUGAGAUCCGGAUGCUUAAAGACAAGCUGGAGAAGACCCGCAGAGAGAGUCAGAGCGAACGGGUCGAGUUUGAGACCGAGUACAAACAGAAGUACGAGAGAGAGCGAGAGCUGCUGUCUGAGGAGAACAAGAAACUGUCCAUCGAGCUCAACAAGAUGAAGUCUUCAAUUGAGAAGUUGAACUGCAGUAACAAACAGCUGGAGGAGGAGAUUAGGGAACUGGCUGAUAAGAAAGAGAGCGUGGCUCACUGGGAGGCUCAGAUCACAGAAAUCAUUCAGUGGGUCAGUGAUGAGAAAGAUGCUCGAGGAUAUCUGCAGGCUUUGGCCACAAAGAUGACUGAAGAACUGGAAGGCCUGAAGAACGCCAGUUUGGGUGCACGUGCCACUGACAUGCCGUGGAAGAUGAGACGUCUGGCUAAGCUGGACAUGUCUGCCCGUCUGGAGCUGCAGUCUGCACUGGAUGCUGAGAUUAGAGCCAAACAGACCAUCCAGGAUGAGCUCAACAAAGUCAAGGCAUCCCAUAUGGCUACUGAGUGCAAACUGGAGGAGUCGGAUAAGCAAAACCAGGACCUGCAGGCAGAGAUCCAGAGGCUGAAACAAGAAACGGACAAUCUGCGCUUGUCUAAAGGGGUCAAGCACCAAGACUCCCAAAAUUCCUUUCUGGCAUUCCUCAAUGCUCCGACCUCUGCUCUGGAUCAGUUUGAUCGCUCCACUGCCAGUGGGUCGACUGGUAAAGGCAGACGUAUUGAUUCCAUCGAUAACUUCAGCCUCUCCAACACACCGUCACGGGAGGAGGAUGGAAGAUCCCAGGUGACGUCCCAUUCUCGCUCGCCCUCUACCACUAGCGACGUGGAGUCUCAUGAGCAGGUAGAUCAGCCACAGCGAGGUGCACACACCCCUGUGCGGUCAGGAUACAGUAGCUCUGCUCACAGCAUACCUAAACCAAAAGCCCAUCAGUUUGUGGUGAAGACCUUCAUCACACCCACUAAAUGUAACCAGUGUACGUCUCUGAUGGUGGGCAUCAUCCGUCAGGGCUGCACGUGUGAAGUCUGUAACUUCUCCUGUCAUGUGACGUGUGCGGAUAAAGCUCCUGCUGUGUGCCCGAUCCCACCAGAUCAAACCAAAGGACCUCUGGGCAUCGACCCUCAGAAGGGCAUCGGCACAGCGUAUGAGGGCCACGUAAAGGUGCCCAAACCCUUAGGUGUGAAAAAGGGAUGGCAAAGGGCCAUUGCUGUGGUGUGUGACUUCAAACUCUUCUUAUAUGAUCUCCCAGAAGGCAAAGCUGCUCAGCCUGGUGUCGUGGUGAACCAGGUCAUUGACAUGAGGGAUGAGGAAUUUUCUGUUAGCCCCGUUUUGGCAUCUGAUGUCAUCCAUGCAAACAGGAAGGACAUUCCCUGUAUCUUCAGAGUGACAGCAUCACAGCUCUGCGCCUCCAGCAAUAAAAAAUGCUCCAUUUUGAUCCUGGCCGACAGUGAUCAGGAAAGAACAAAGUGGGUCGGCCUUUUGAAGGAGCUGCACCGGCUCCUGAAGAAAAGCAAACUGAAAGAACGCUUUGUUUACGUCCCUAAAGAAGCAUAUGACUGCGCACUGCCUCUCAUCAAAACCACACAAUCUGCUGCUAUUAUAGAUCAUGAGAGGAUUGCUCUGGGAAAUGAGGAGGGGUUAUACGUUAUUCAUGUUACCAAAGAUGAAAUUAUCAAAGUAGGGGACAACAAAAGGGUCCAUCAAAUCGAACUGAUCCCCUCAGAACAGUUGAUCGCUGUGAUAUCCGGCCGAAAUGGCCACGUACGCUUAUACCCGAUGACAGCACUGGAUGAUCGCGACGCCGAAUCCUACAAGAUAGCCGAGACCAAAGGCUGCCAAACACUCCUUUCGGGCACGAUCAGACACGGAUCGCUCACCUGUCUCUUUGUGGCCAUGAAGAAACCGGACAAGGUGAUCGUCUACGAGCUCAACAAAAGCAAAGUGCGCCAUCGGAAGCUGCGGGAAAUCCUGGUCCCGGGAGCCGUGCAGUGGAUGGGGCUCCAGGGCGAGAAGCUUUGCGUUGGUUUUCAGUCUGGCUUUUUGCGGUACAGUCUUCAGGGCGAUGGGGGCGCCAACAGCCUCCUCCAUCCUGACGAUCACACGCUGGGUUUCAUCGAGCAGCUCGGGUUGGACGCUCUGUGUGCUGUGGAGAUCUCCAGUAAGGAGCUGCUCUUGUGUUUUAGCAGUAUCGGCAUAUAUGUGGACUAUCAAGGCAGACGGUCACGACAGCAGGAGCUGAUGUGGCCCGCGACACCAACUGCAUGCCGUUAUAAUGCACCUUAUCUGUCAGUGUAUAGUGAGAAUGCGGUAGAUGUAUUUGACGUCAACACUAUGGAGUGGAUCCAAACAAUUCCUUUGAAAAAGGUCCAUCCACUGAACUCUGAUGGCUCUCUAAACCUGCUGGGGCUAGAGACUGUACGGCUCAUCUACUUCAAGAACAAGACAGCAGAGGGAGAUGAGCUGGUGGUGCCAGAGACAUCUGACAACAGUCGCAAACAGAUGGUGCGCAGUACGGCGAGCAAACGCCGCUUUUCUUUCCGCAUACCGGAGGAGGAGAGAGUUCUGCAGAGGAGGGAGAUGCUGAGAGACCCAGAAAUAAGGAAUAGGUUGAUUUCAAACCCAACUAACUUCAACCAUGUGGUUCAUAUGGGUCCGGGAGAUGGGAUCCAGAUCCUAAAAGAGCUGCCAAUGCCCGGUUCUCCUCUUCCCUCUCCUCGUCUGCACCUCAUCUCCACCCCUACCAGCUUUGAGCAUGUCUAUCAUAUGACUGUCACCUCUGCGGACAACUUCCUGUCUCAGGACUCCUCCCCUGUCUCGUCCCACUCCCUGUCCCUCAGCUCCGCCCCCGGGACCCCUGCCUCCAUCUGCUCUCUGAACAUGCGCUCUCAGGAGAGCCGUGGUGUUCUGGGAGCAUCCGUCAGCAUCCCCUCCAUCAGCAAGACCAGGCCUGAACCGGGCCGAUCUAUGAGCGCCAGCAGCGGCCUCGGCACACGCUCCUCCUCUCAAAAUGGCAGCGCACUGAGACGGGACUUUUCUGUCGGCAGCUAUGGUUCCACCAAACGGCAGAUGACAUCACCAUCUGAUGGCUCUCUGUCAUCCGGAGGGGGCAUGGACGGCGGUGGUGAUGCCCCCCUCUCCCAGUUCGACAGAGAGUGGCCAGGAGUUUCACCCACAGAGAAGACCCCUGAUCUGAAAAGGGCUUUAAGGACCCUGCUUAGUAAGCUAAAGGAUUCAGACUCUCCACGUCACUCCACGGCCUCCAACAGCUCCAACCUGAGCAGCCCGCCGAGCCCUUCAUCCCCACAUAAGAGCAAGACCCAGUCUCUGGAGCGCAGCGAGCACCUCGGCUGGGGGACAUGAGCAGCUCGGACUCGAAAUCACCACAAAAUCAAGACGUCCAGCCAUCUUCUGGCUCCUCCUCCUCUGCUACCAACAGAGUCACACAUUUAACCAAGACCAAGAGCCGACUCCUUAUCAAUCAUAUUCCAAACACGGCGCUGGGGGCCAGGUGUGUGUGAGUGUGAGAGUGAUUGAGUGAGUGUGUUUGCGUGUAUUAGUGUGCAUAUGCAUUACACGUGUGAUUGCGCUACACACGCAUAUUACUGUGCACCUUACAUCCCUUCACCACUGAUACUGUGCUGGAUGGAGAAACAGACCACUGAGUGUAGCUGAUCCACCAGGUGUGUGUUGCAGGUGGGAAAAAAGACAAAUAUAAAGCUUAAACGUGAGUUUAUCAGUGUGCCUGAUAUUACGGAUGUAUUCAGAAGUCUUAAUGGACCCCGUGGGAAUGUUACUUUAAAUGCAUAACACUAAAAUAUAACGUUAAGGAUCAUGGGAACUUUUAACUUAAACAGUAAUAAUGGAACGCUAUUAUUAAGUUGCGCCCCGAUAAGAUAUAGCGCCCCCUGUCUGUGGCACUACUGUAUAACUCUGUAGCCUCUACCCUCCAGUGCCAUGCAGACCUUCACAUUCAGAGGUCAAGAAGAGAUUCUGAGUUCAAUAAUGUAAAUAGAGUUUUAGUAGAGUAUAAUAUAUUACGGAAUCGUUAAACAUUAUUGUGUUGAUGAUAAAUAAGUAUGGCUUUUUAAAAGAGAGACACUUCUUUCCUUUGGAUUUUUCAUGGCAAGGUUAUUGUCAGUUUAAGGAUUACUUUAAGAUGCUUUUUUGUUUUGUUAUUUCCACUGAAAUUGUUCAGAUUAAGAUUAGGAAAGGGAACACUACGCAAAACUUGUGGGGCCUCAUUUGUGAAACGCAAUACCGAUUUUGUUUGUGUGUGUGUGUAAAUCAUUCGUAAAGGCAUUCUUAUGAGAUUAACAUUAGCUUGCAGUGAAGUCGUUCUUAACUAGACUACGCUACCUGACAAAGGUCUUGUUGUUGAUCCCAGUUGUAAGAGCAAGAAAUAAUAACUUGACUUCUAGUUGAUCACUACAAAUCACUACAAAAUUCCUAAACCUUCAAUGUUUAAACAGUCAGUCAAAGUAAAAUUGUAAAAAAUUCGAUAAAAUCUUGUAUAGAUCGCCACAACAGAUUUGUGCUUAAACUGUCAUGUUAAACAAAAGUUCACGAGAUCAUCAUCAAAUUACUCAUAAAGCCAUUAUUGUGUAAAAAAAAAAUACAGAAAAAUACAGAACACACGGUAAAAUUGUUAAAAAAAGAAAACUAAGCACAAAUUAAUUUAAGAGAGAAUAGUGAGGAGUUUUGAAAGUCUCUGAAUCGAUUUUCUCGAACUAUUUUUAGCCACAGCUCUAAGGAAAACAUACGCAACUUGUAUUUAAUGCAAGAUUCACAUGCCUGCCAUAAAAUUCUUCGUUAAGCUCAUUGAGUGUACACGUUUACCAUCGGAAUUGCAUUUCGAAAUUGUUUGUAAAAAAAGCUUUUGUGCACAAAUUAUUGUUAAACAAAUGUUCAAGAAAUCACCAUGAUAUUGCUAAUAAAAGUAUUAGAUCAUCACAGCAUAUGCAAGAUCUACAAGAUUGUGGUAAAUGUUUCUAAAAUCUGCUCUAAUACAAACUAUAACAAUGACAUUUUUUCCAUUGUGAAAUUGAUCAUAAAACCAUUUGUGUGUCGCGUUAAACAAACGUUCACAAGAUCACCAUGAAAGUACUCAUUAAACCAUUAUUAUGUAAAAAAACUGACGUGAAAUCUCAAACGCAAAGUAAAAUAAGAAAUAGGUUGUUGCAACAUUUACCGCGUCGCCAUUACUUUUGUAAACACUGCACUUAUACAAACGUUCGCAGAAUUCAGAUUCAACAAAUGAAGUGCAAAAUGUUGCGCUGAAUGUAGCAUUGACAAACUAGUGACGUCAGAAUGUCCUUUAAGAAUGAUUUACACGUGUGUUUGUGUUUCAUGAAUGUUGUCCCGAUGUGUGCGAAAUCCAGUGCUAAUACGUGUAUACUGCUAAAUAAACCCCAACACGUACAUAUAAAUAAGCUGUUGUGCUGAAUGUAACAGAUUCACUGCAGCCUUGCUCAUCUUACUCUCGCCUGUGCUUCACGCUUCUGUUACCGAAGCUAUAAUGCUGUUUCCAAAGACCUUUUUGUCCUGUAAUUAUUAUUAUUAUUAUUAUUAGAUUUUCAGUGUUGGUUUUGUUUUCCGACUCACGAGAACCAAACUUUGCCUAAGAUGUACAUGUGAAUAGAACAUGUAGUGUGUAAUGCUAGUUCUACCGCUAGUUUCAAUGUUUGUGUGACACUAAACUCA